AUGACCUCAACCGCGAUCAAUAAAACAGUUCGGCAGCAACCUCCAAAGAAAAAAAAAACAACGAAAGCAUCCCUUUUAAAGAAGCCAUCGGUGGGUUUACUUUUGGCGGAUGGAACAGUGCUUUGUUGUGCUGCUUUUAACGACUUCACACCACCGGCCUCCCGCAUGUGCUGCAACAGGGGCCGCGGAAAUGGAACCAGCACAUGCUUCACGUGCCUGGCCGCUUCCCAACGCCAACUGAGGGCUACAGGCGGACUGAUGCCCUAG